AUGUCGCGCCUAUCAAGACAAGAUUAUCACGGCUACACCGCGCAGGCACACCCUCGCUGGUCGCCUUCCUCGCCGCCUCUCAACCGCCUCUCGGCCGCCGUCGACCCUCGCCUGGCUCCGCGCUUGAGCAACGCAGCCCAACAGGAUUUGCAGCAAACUUCCUCCACACCACAGCUCGUCUCGUCUCAGCUAGCACCGCCCACCCAAUCUCUCUCCUCCUCUUCCUCUAAUGUCGACGUGGUACAGGCCAUCAAUGCCAUGUCUUCCCAGGUCUCCAGCCAGCUUUCUAUGAUGGGCACCCAGCUCGCUUCCCUCGUCUCGCUCACUUCGCGCCUCAUCGAGAUUUCCCAGAUCAACCUUGCCGCUGCCGAGAAUGCCAACGGACGCACCACCAGUGCUGCAUCCGGCUCCGCGCUCGCUUCCAAUGCGCUCGGUAGCGCGCCGGCGAUGAGGGCAGAUGCGAGUCCUGCCAACGCCGCUGUCGAUCUCAAUCGUUCACGCGUCAACGGCAAUCAGACCGCGUCCCCUUUCCCUUCCAACAAUGUCGCCACAGGCUCUGGCAACAAUGCAACACGCUCUGACUCCCGACAGGGUCAGUUCUAUCAAAAUGCAGGCCCCUCGAACAACAACAACUUCCGCAGCGCGUUCGACCCGGCCGGCUCCACACUCGAUCGCACUUUUGGUAGCACGCUAAGAGGCGCCUCACCCAACCCCAACCCUGUCCUGAACAGCAGCCUCUCUGCCGCUGCUGCUCGACCGACGCAGCAGCAACAACAGCAUCUCCAGCAGCAGCAGCCUCACCAGCCUCAAUUGCAAACGCAGCCAUCGAGCCUCAGUCAACCACCUCAACCAGCACAACAAACGCAUGAUGCCAACGAUCUGCUCAAGAGUCGCUUGCCCAGCCCUGUCUUUCCAGACGAUCCCAUUGAUCUGUCGGCAGGAGUUUCGUCCUCGGGUCAUCAGACUCCCACCAACCUCAAACGCCUUUCGACAGCUGGGCAAGCUGCCAACGAUAGCGCACGCAAGGCCAACGCCGAGGCCUCACUCGGCGAAUGGAAAGGCUGGCUCAAUCGCACCUGGCAUCCACCUCCGGGUCAUCAAUCGCGCAACAUCAAGUAUCGCACCAUGCAGCAGGCUCGACGUGCACACCGUGACCAGACCAAGCGAUCCAUGGCCACGCUCGGUCGUCUGCCGCUCAAGGAGUUCCUCGAGAUUCGACCAGAACAGUACUUGGGCGUACGCAAGACGGGGCGAAAGCUGUACCAGGAAUGGCUGCUGCAGGAGGUGCGCCUCGCAAAGCAGCCCGAAGAUCGCGUCAAGGCGGCCAUCAACCGGCUUGAGAACGACCACCCGGAGUUGGGCGAUUGCGAGGAACACUGGAAAGCCAAGCAAUUGCUUCAGCAGAUCAUCGACAAUGCCAUCGACGAGGCCAAUUUGCACCGCAAAAAGGAGGCGCGUGCCAGCAAUGCGCACCAGGAGCCGGGCGAGAGCACACCGCGCAACGCGGAUGGCAACAGGAGCACCAGCAUGAUGGGCACGAGCGCAAGCAGCUCGUCGUCAGCCUUGGCGGACGCAGAUCGAAGCUUGCGCAGCGGCGACACGAGCAUCUCUUUGGCGCGCAAAGGCAACAAUGCUACAGCGACGAUGGUUGCGGGCGCCAACAAGAACGCCAAGGGCGUUCAGCGCCGCAAAGCGGAUCAGGCGGAGCUCGACGACACGCCUUCGCGCUUCCGACAGGCGCCCAGCCAGCGCAAUUCUAUGCUUGGACCUGGCGGCAACGACGACCCCACCGGCUCAUCGCUACAAGCGCAGCAAGGAUCGCUUUCGUCGUCGGGACUGGAAGCGGCGCACAGCAGCGGACGUGGCGCCAUCCUACCUGACUACGCCGGCGGGUACAGCAACGAUUCGAGCACCAUCGCAUCUGCCACCUCAUCGGAUGCAUUGCAAGCUUCGCGGCAGCAUGCUUCACACGGCCAGCACAUGCAACCGCCGCAGCACGCGCAGCACCACAAUCCACACCAAGCGACACACGCACAGGACCAGACGCACAAUGCAUGGGCAAGCCAGACAGCCGCACCGGGCCCUUCACUGUUCGCACAGUCCAACUACGCGACGACGGCUGCGGCGCAACCAGCCUUGUCGCACCACCAAUCAUAUGGACAUCACAGUAACCACCACCACAACUCGAGCUACCUUUCUUCGGAUCCAGGCCAGACGGGCCUGAGCGCCUCGAGUUCCGGGUUGCUAGAUGAUCAACGUCACCAGUCGCAUCUCAGCCCGAUGGUGAAUGGCGGUGGCGUGCGCAUGCAUCAACCGCAUCAGCAACAGCAUCAUGCGCAACAAACGCAACAACAACAACAGCAGCAGCAGCAGCAGCAACAACACCAUCAGCAGCAGCCGCAGAGCACCUUUUUCGAUAAUCGAGGCUAUCAGUAA